AAUAUUUUGGUAGGCUAUCUUGAAGUUAAACUUUAAUCAACAUGCUUAUGUUGAAAUUUUAUUAUUUAAAAUCCCGCUGUAACUUGAAGUUUCCUGUUGCUGUCGCUAGAGGCGUUGCUGAACAACUUGACUUGUUUGGGUACGUAAAACGUAAACAAUGUAUUAAGCUACAUUUAAUGAAUGAAUUAGCAAAACUUUCAGUUCAAUUAAUAACGAGAAAUUUCGCAGCAGUAGUUGCAAUCUAGGAGACUUGCAAAUUUCGUGCAGUACAUCAUGUUACACGUGUAUUCUUUGCAAGUUUACAGACGUUUUUACUCUUUAGGCAUGGCAACAGAAAAAUCAUGUUUUUUUAAGCAACGGUGAAAUGUGUCGCUAACAGUUUUCAACAACGAACACACCACGUUUGGUUCUUAUGACUAUUCGAAAGUCAGUUAUACCGAAUGAACUUUGUGGGUUAUAAUCUGCUGUCAACAUUGUUUUUAACGCAGACAUCAGGCUCGUAGUUAGUUGUUAUUCUCAAAUGAAAAAGCCUGUAAAAUUUGGAAACCAUUAGGUACUCUGACAUUAAUUUCGACACAUAUGAGGCAUUUCCGAUUCAUUGCUAACUCUGCUUCCGCACACUGCUCUUGAACACGAUGGUCGAAGAAACAAUUCCCAAUAAGCAUACACGUCGUCCAGGGAAUAGCUAUGUGUUCCAGGAUGGAGUCCAUCAUCGUUCUCAUAUAAGGAACCAUCCUGAAUGGAAUCGGAAUGUAACUAUCGGCGUUGUUUGCAGCAUCGUGUUCCUGAUUGCACUCAUCGUUAUUGGAGUUUUCUUUUUUAAUGAUUCUGCAGUGAGAAAAGAACAAGAAACAACACCGAGCUCUAAUGCAGUACCUCUGCGUUGCAUAGCAAACCGUACAACGGGUCAUACUUUCUUAGCAGAGGACUUGCAAAUUUCACCCAACUAUAGAUAUUAUUUCUAUGCCAGCAGAAUGUCCUUUUCGAAAGCUCAGAAGGUGUGUGGAUCCCUACCUGGUGGAGGUGGCAAUCUGUCGACCAUACAGUCUGAAAAACAAGAAAAACUGUUUAACAAGCGUAUCGAGGAUCUCUAUAAUCAGCUGUUUGCAGAUGACGAUAAUAUUUUCACUGGAUUCAGAAAGCAGUUGUGGACUGGUGGAUACAUAGACUUGGAGCUUGACGGAAUCAAUCGAAUGCGCUGGAUUGAUGACACCAGUGUAUCCGAAUGGCAUCAAAAUUUCUGCAAUCCCAAUCAGGCAAGUGAAAUUCUUCAAAUUUCAAUGAGCGAACUAAAAGAGAAAGGAGCAAUCACCAAUACUCUGAUUUACGUGGUCAAAGACUAUCGGUCAUCUAAGAAAAAAGGCUGCUGGCAACUAUACAGCUCACUGAUUUACGAAACAGAACAUCUCGAAUUUAAUUUUGUCUGCCAAGUUUCAACAACCAGUCUUCCUUUUAGGUUUGAACGUAAGGUCAUCGGAGAUUUUCGGCAGGAGGCAAACAACGAAGUAUUGGCAAACGAGUUUGCAAUUUUUUCCGGCCGAGCUUCCUACAGGGUUGCUGUUGAGACCUGUCAAAACUUCGCUCCUGGAGCUCAAAUGCUGUCCCCUGUUACGUUAGCACGUGAUACUGAGAUCAACAAGAUCGUAGAGCGUCAUUCCUUUGAGAUAUUCGGAGAAGACAAUGGGGACCCACAGAGACGAACACUUAUCUGGAGCGGCGGCUAUUUUAAUGUUUCAUCCGAGGAUCCAACCAAAGUUCACUGGGCAGAUGAUACAAAAACGCUAUUGGACAUUGAAGAGCUACAGAUUCGAACGCAUAUCGACCGUAACGCCAAUAAUGCGAGCGAGUACGAAAAUUUCUGCGGAACAAUCGAAUACUAUAAUGAAAUGAUUCGCGAGGCUAAACGUCAGGAAAGCGACGCCGCAAAGAACACAGGUUGUAUCAGAGAUCGUCUUUUUUUAAUCGUCAAAGACUUCCGUGAAGGACAAACUGUUCAAGGAUGCUGGCACGUUUACGAUUUUGAUUACCUAAAUCAGUAUGAUUACAAAUUAUACCUCAUCUGUCAACUGCCGGAUCUCGUAAGGAGAAUAGAUGAAGGCUACCAGAAUUGAAAAGAAUGUCGCUUGACUGAGCAAUGCAACAAGAGUCAUUACGGAACAUACAAAGUGUGCAUAAUAAAUAAUGUCGACGUUCAGUGAUCAAAUAAAAGUUAACAAGUAAGGCCAUGCAGCUUUUGUCUAGAUAUUGUUGUUCAACUAAAUGUCGUGCUACUGCUCCGAGACGAAGGAUUUCAACUAUAGUUCCUUCUCUGGAGUAGUACCGUAAAAAUGGAGGAGUGCCUGAAAUGAGCGAAGAGAGCUUGAAUUUUGUCUCAUAAAGCCAAAAUGUACGUUUUAGAUAACCAAACACU